AUGCCAACUCUCAUCUCCAUCCACAGCGAACACCGCCCUUCAGUCAAAUACCUCGGUGGGAUGCUUGCUUUAAUUAGCUUUGAUUCCACAGUUGCUGCAAGAGAAUUCCUAGAAGAUGAGAGGAACUGGAAAGAUACAUUCAAAUGGAUGAAGAUGGGAUCCACUGUAGUCACAAAAUUCGAACGCAUAACAUGGAUCAGGAUACUUGGACUCCUUCUCCGACUAUGGAAUAACUCCAACUUCUCUGAUGUUGUGGGAAAGUUCGGGAAAAUAGCGGUGCCAAUAGACCAUAUCACAAGUCGCGUUGACCUCUCUGUGGUGAAGUUAGCCAUACUCACAGACAAAUUAACAAAACUCAAUGAGGAGAUUCAGGUGGAAGCUGAUGGCCGAUCUUUUCACGUUGGAAUCGUUGAAUACGAAGACGAACCAUGGUUCCCGUUCAAGUUUGACAACGAAGAACAUCCAUAUGAAGAUCAGGUGUUGGACGAUAAAACUGAAAGCGAGUCUAUGGUAAGUGAGUCAAAUAACUGGAACUCCACUGAAGAAGAUGAAGGCGUAUCUGCAACAUGGAUCAAUGAUAUGGAGGAGGGGGAAAUCGUUCAGGAUGGGAAUCCUAACUCUCCAAUAUACCCUACGGAAGAAAAGGCUAAUGAAGGCGGUGAUGACCUAACACUGCCAUGCACGGUGGCCGGAGAUGACACAAAUCAUCACCAGAGAACAGUAUCGGCGGUGAAGACCGGCGAUUCCGGUGAGGAAAGACCGAUUCUCGAGAAAGGGGUCUACGAAGCGACACUCAAUUUCCAAGAUAAUUCAAAAGAUAACGGUAAGACGGAUCGGGCUGCUGCCCUAGAUAAUCAGACGGAUCCAACACCCUCGGAUCUUCAGACUUUGGGCCCACUGAAAAUUGUUAAUUUCCCAGCUUCAUUAGCCCAAUCUGGGUGCUUCGGCCCUUUUCCCUCUUUUAACUCUACUCCUCCUCCAGCCGGUCAACAUAGUUUAGAUAAUGGUCAUGUCCGUUCCUCUCUAAAGAGACGUCGUUUACAGCGCUCUCCCCCCAGUGAACUCACAACUUUGAUCCUAAUAACCACCCUGUUUCAAGUCCCAGAAAUAAGUCGACCUCCCCCCUUCAUCGUAUCCACCACCAACACAGAUGAACCAACUCAGGUCCCUCAACCCAUCGCUGGCCAGAAUAUCGAUGUCCUAAACCAUGAAUUAACCGACCUAGUGGUGGAAUCAACAGAAAUUGAAGUGACUGCAGCAGUGGGUUCCCUAAUUAGGUUCGAGAUUGAACCUAAUAAUCGUAUCCUAGCUGAAAUUCUUGGUGCAUCAGGUGAGCACAAUGUUACCCAAUGA